UUAUUUUGAAGUCCCUGUUGCGCAAUUUUAUUGGUUUAAAGAAGAGUAUCAGGUUUUGUCUUGCCUGUUUUCUAUGGCAAACUGCUGGUAUGAGAACUGUUUUCCAAGUGCGCCUGACGCCGUAUGUCGGCUCGAGGGCCCAGUGGAACGUGAAAUAAGGGCCUGGCAGCGGUGCACAGUACAAAGCCCGGAGGGAGACCAGAUCUCUAUGCUUUUGCGUGAUCUGCCAUCAUUAUUCUGCGCAGAUUAGAUGACUCACAAAUUCCCGUGACUCACGCCGCUUCUCUUCUCAGCCCGGGGACCAACAAAUGGAGGUGGUUCUCCCGAAAUCCAUCAGUACGAUGGACAGGCUGUUGUCCCAAUGCGCACCGCCUUUCGUCUGACUCAAGCUAGGGUUCAGACGCCUCCUUCUCCCGCUCCCAGGCGCUCAUGGCCUAGUGCUGCGGUGUCGGACUUCGGUUCCGCGUCUCCUAGGCGUAGGGUCAGAGCGUUCCCUGUGUUCCCUUUAAAGUUCUAGCUCCCGUACCGGCUCAGCUGUCCAGAGGGCUGCCGUGCGCUCCUCUCCACCCUCGCCCUCCUCCCGAGCGCAGGUUAGGGAGCGCACAGGGGGCGGGCCAAGCUGCUGCGGGUAGGGGAGGAUGCGUCUUUCUUAGCUUGACAACGGCAGAGGGCUACGGUUCUGCAAAGGGGAAUUAGAAGCUGGAGGCGACCUACUCCCCAAAGCCAAAUAAGAGAAGAGCCCAGAGGCAAGCCUAAACAUUACCACCAUGGCUUCUGAACCUCCUCCUGAAAAACAUGCUAAAACUCCACACUUACCACCCGAUAAACAGAGCCUGUUGUUUUGUCCCAAAUCAAAGAUCCACCACAUUCACCGAGGAGAGAUCUCAAAGAUCAUCCGUGAGUGUAAAGAAGAGAGUUUCUGGAAGAGAGCUCUCCCUUUGUCCUUGGUAGGGAUGCUUGUUACUCAAGGACUUGUCCACAAAGGUUAUUUAGCAUCAAACCCAAGAUUUGGAUCAUUGCCAAAAGUGGCACUUGCUGGUAUCUUGGGAUUUGGCUUGGGAAAGGUGUCUUACAUAGGAGUGUGCCAGAAUAAAUUUCACACUAUAGAAUUCGAACUCCGGGGGGCAGGUUUUGGUCCAGGCCAUAACAGGCACUGCCUCUACACCUGUGAAGACUGCAAAAUCAGGCAUGAGUUGAGUCAGAAGAGUGGUUCACAGGCCUCUGCUUCCUAAACUGGUACCUGUGCCUUCAAAGCCUUCCAGGCCUUUGCAUUUGAAUUUCAUGUUUCCUUUGCACUUCACAUAAGAGGUGUAUACCAGACUGGAAUGAGAUGUAGGCUAUACUUGUCAAUACUCAUGUCUUAUACAUUUAACCAUGAUAUUAAAUCUUAAUCUAGUGAGA